GGCAUGUCAGGUUUUUUUUACUUCCUUGCUUCAGGAUAAUCUCCUGUUUGGGAUAACGUCAGCUCUGUAGCUACACAACAUCACAUCUCUGGGUUUAUAAUAAACCAGACCCAUAAACCAGAGUUGUGAUGCCAAACUUAUAAGCUCUUUUACCUAGUGUUUGGGCUCUUAGCUAACUCUAUCACAUGACAGGCUGAAAUGCGUGCUGCUACUGCUGGUUUUGGUGUGUGUGUUCCUGUGGUGUCAGGCUGCUUCUGUACAUUGUUUCUUCUGGUUCCGUUGGUUACUGAGCUAAACCAGAGACACAGGACUGGUUCUGUGUCAUUUACCUUCUGCAUUUUGUAUAAAUUAAGCUGAUAUAUUAAACUUAAAAGUGGUAACACUGCACUAGUAACUAUAUGAUCAGUAUGACAUGCUCACUACGACUGGAUUCAGUGGCUUUUACUAAGCGGGGCAGUGACAUGGCUGCUGAUGACAAGUCCACCUCCUCCUCGUCCUUGCAGGACUGGAGCACCAAGCCGCCCCUGUCACCUGCCAGUCCCUCCCACCUGACGCAUUUUAAACCCCUCACUCCCGAUCAGGAGGAGCCCCCUCUACGCUCUGCCUACAGCUCAUUGGUCAGCCUCUUUCGCUUCAGCAAAGAAAAGUCAGGUGCAAUCAAUGCACCAGCAAAAAAGCUUGAUGAUGGGCGGCCUUCAUCUUCUACAACUGAAAAGAGCGCAUCUGCUGCAGCUUCACCACAAGGGGAGCGCAGGAACUGGUCCAGCCCUUCCCUCUCUGCUCCUCACAGCUCUACAACACACAGGAAACAUUCAGACAUGGUCAGACGAACAUCUACUGCCUCAGAGGGACGACGGAAAUCAGAAACUCCUCUUGGUAGCCACGACCCUCGCACUGCAGUCCAGCUUCGUACUGCACUCAAGAGAUUGAAGGAGAUAAUGGAGGGAAAGAGCCAGGACAGCGAUUUAAAGCAGUACUGGAUGCCGGACAGCCAGUGUAAGGAAUGCUACGACUGCAACGAGAAGUUCACCACCUUCCGCCGGCGCCACCACUGCCGCCUGUGUGGCCAGAUCUUCUGCAGCCGCUGCUGUAACCAGGAGAUCCCUGGCAAGUUCAUGGGCUACACGGGUGAUUUGCGGGCGUGUACGUACUGUCGUAAGAUCGCUCUGAGCUACGCUCACUCAGCAGACUCGGGCAGUAUUGGAGAAGAUCUGACUGCUCUGUCUGACUCGCCCUGCUCUGUGUGUUUACUGGAGCCCACCGAGCCACGGACGCCUGUGGGCGGACGCAAGGCCAGCCGCAACAUCUUCCUGGAAGAGGACAUCACCUGGCAAAGAAAAACUCCCAUUGGGAUGAGGAAGAAUUUGAUCCAUCAGGAGUCUCAAAAUAGUGGCCUCAGCUCAAGACUGUCUGCUGUGCAGGAGGAUUUGGGCAAAUCACCUGCAAGAAAGAGGUCAGCUAGUGUGACCAACUUGUCUCUGGACCGUUCUGGCUCCAUGGUUCCCCCCUACGAGAAUUCUGUGAGCCCCCAGACCAGCAGAGUUGUGCCCAAGCCUGACCACAGCGAAGAGGAGCGCAAGAUCCUUCUGGAUUCAUCUCAGUUAAAAGACCUAUGGAAGAAAAUCUGCCACAGCAACACUGGGAUGGAGUUCCAGGACCACCGUUACUGGUUACGUACCUACCCCAACUGCAUUGUGGGUAAAGAGCUAGUUAACUGGCUCUUGAGGAAUGGUACAAUCUCUACAAGGGCUCAGGCCAUAGCUAUCGGACAGGCUCUGGUUGAUGGCCGCUGGCUGGACUGUGUUACUCAUCAUGAUCAGUUUUUCCGGGAUGAGUACGCUCUAUAUCGCCCUCUUCAGAGCACAGAGUUCUCUGAGACUCCAUCUCCAGACAGUGACAGUGUGAACUCACUGGAGGGCCACUCUGAACCAUCGUGGUUCAAAGACAUCAAAUUUGAUGAUAGUGACACCGAGCAGCUGGCUGAUGAUAAUGACUACAUAACACCAAAUUCAGCCAGCCCCAGUAAAAGAACAUCGGUCAGCAGUUUCCAGUCUGCGGUGGACAGCGACUCUGCUGCUUCCAUCAACCUGAAUAUGGAACAGGACAAUGUCAACUACCACAUCAAGAAGCAGCCCAAGUACCCUCACGUGCCUCCCCACCCAGCCGAACAGAAAAGUAUGGAGCACCCUGACCCGUUUGCCCCCGACCCCGACUUCCAGGCACCAACUGAGUUCCUGGUCACAGAGGAUGGAGGUCAGCAUAUAUCCAUCAGUGAUGCCUUCAUUAAAGAGUCUCUGUUUAAUCGGCGUGUAGAGGAGAAGCCUAAAGAGAUGCUCUUCACUCCAUUGGGAUGGCACCACAGCUCCCUCGACCAGCUGAGAGAGGAGAAUGGAGAGAAGAAAGCCAUGGAGAGACUUCUCUCUGCCAACCACAGCCAUAUGAUGGCUCUUCUGCAGCAGCUGCUCUACAGUGAGUCGCUGUCUCUCUCUUGGCGGGACAUUAUCGUACCCGUGGUUCGGCAGGUGGUUCAGACGGUGCGGCCAGAUGUUCGCAGCUGUGAUGACGACAUGGACAUUCGCCAGCUCGUCCACAUCAAAAAGAUUCCAGGAGGAAAGAAGUUUGACUCUGUUGUGGUCAAUGGAUUUGUUUGCACUAAAAACAUUGCCCACAAAAAGAUGAAUUCUUACAUCAAGAACCCCAAGAUCCUCCUGCUCAAGUGUUCCAUUGAGUAUCUUUAUAGAGAAGAGACCAAGUUCACUUGUAUUGACCCAAUAGUGCUGCAGGAACGGGAGUUUCUGAAGAACUAUGUGCAGCGGAUUGUAGACGUACGGCCCAACCUAGUGCUGGUGGAGAAGACUGUGUCCCGCAUUGCUCAGGACAUGCUGCUGGAACAUGGCAUCACACUGGUUAUCAAUGUCAAACCUCAAGUGCUGGAUCGAGUGAGUCGAAUGACUCAAGGUGAUUUGGUCAUGUCUAUGGAUCAGCUUCUGACCAAACCUCGCCUGGGUACCUGCCACAAGUUCUACCUUCACUCCUUCCAGCUGCCUAACAAUGAGCUGAAGACCCUGAUGUUCUUCGAGGGAUGUCCUCCUCAGCUGGGCUGUACCAUCAAGCUCCGUGGUGCAUCAGAGUACGAACUGGCCCGAGUGAAAGAGAUCAUAACGAUGAUGGUGUGUGUGGCUUAUCACUCCCAGUUAGAAAUCUCCUUCCUUAUGGAUGAAUUUGCCAUGCCCCCCAGCCUGUCUAAGAGCACCUCCUUCCCCUGCCUGCUGGAGAGCGCUGCGGGGGAAGAGGAGAAUGAGGCAGAGCGAGACUUACAAGGUACUGGAUCUGGACUGGGAGAGGAUCGUGGACGUUUCCUAUCAGACACUGACAUUGAACCUGGGCUUCAGAAUAUUAUGAAAAGCCACAGUAGGCAAACGUCUAUCUCUGAAUCCUCACUGAAGGAUGGAGAAAGCCCUAAAGUGAGUAGAAGCGAUCCAUGUGAAUCACCACUUGGAGGAGUGACUGAGGAGAUCAAGACCUCCACCCCCGUAUCCUGUUCCACAAACCAACCACCACCCGUAUCCCCACCUUAUCUUAUCUCUGACCUGGAGGAGAUUGCAGAAGAGGAGGUGAAGGAACCAUUGCAUGCUGAAGAAAAUGGAGAUGAUGAAGGUACAAUGCAGGAGGAGAGCGCUGGUUCUGAGAUAUCACUUCCUCCAGCGCGGCUCUUCAGAGACCCACUUCAGGAUGACACUGGCCUCUUUGUGGCUGAGCAGGUGACCUCAGCAGACGAUCACUUAAAGUCAAUCUCAGCCUGCUUCAAGCAGGAGCUGAAGGACAUCAUCUUGUGCAUCUCACCUUUUGUGACCUUCCGUGAACCAUUUCUUCUGACUCCAGCCGGCCUGCGUUGUCCCAGUCGUGAUUAUUUCCCAGAGAACAUCUACCUGUCGCCACUCCUCAACAAGGAAUUCAAGGAGUUGGAUGGCCGCCGCAAGAAGCUCCUCCUAAAAGAGACCGCUCCACCCACCGGGUCUCUGACCAAUGGGAUGGCAUCCCAGCAACGGCAUACCCAGGUGCUGCCCUCUCACAUGCUCACCACAGCCUGCAUUGUGGAGCCCUUGGCCUGUAGUAAUGAUCUGGCUCGCAUGCUGGCCGACUACCGCGCCCAAGGAGGACGUAUCCGGCAGCGAGACGUGGACCCCUUCGCCAGUCCCCCACCAACAAAAGCACCCGUUAAAGCAGACAGUGAGGAGGAGAAGGGACCAGGACAGAGUGAAAUGGCCUGGGCCACCAAGCUGGAUUGCCUAAAUCCAAUAAAUCAUCAGCGACUGUGUGUGCUGUUCAGCAGCUCCUCUACACAGUCUAACAAUGCUCCGAAUCACUGCGUCAGUCCGUGGAUUGUGACGAUGGAGUUUUAUGGAAAGAAUGACUUGACGCUUGGCAUAUUUCUGGAAAGAUACUGUUUUAGGCCUUCUUACCAAUGCCCCAGCAUGUAUUGCGAGACUCCUAUGGUCCACCAUGUCCGGCGUUUUGUGCACGGAAACGGUUGUGUCCAAAUCGUUCUAAAGGAGUUGGAUUCACCUGUGCCUGGAUACCAGCACACUAUCCUCAAUUAUUCCUGGUGCCGAAUCUGCAAGCAGGUGACUCCAGUGGUCCCCUUGUCUAAUGACUCGUGGUCGAUGUCCUUCGCCAAGUAUCUGGAGCUGCGCUUCUACGGCCACCAGUACACUCGCCGUGCCAACGCUGAGCCCUGCGGCCACUCCAUUCACAAAGACUACCACCAGUAUUUCUCCUACAACCAGAUGGUAGCCUCAUUCAGUCAUAUUCCAGUGAGGCUGUUUGAGAUAUGCCUGCCUCCUCCUAAAAUCUUGAUCAGAAACCAAGGCCCCUGCAAGACCAGUCUACAACAGGACCUCAAAGAUUUCUCUCAGAAGGUGAGCCAGGUUUACGCAGCAAUAGAUGACCGCCUCACCUCCCUAAAGACAGACACGUUUAGCAAAACCCGCGAGGAGAAAAUGGAGGACCUGUUUGCACAGAAGGAUAUGGAGGAGGCAGAGUUGCGCAACUGUAUAGAGAAACUGCAGGUGCGACUGCAGGGCAGUGGGGUGGAAACUCCUCAGCAGCUGCAGGCUCUUCUGGAGUCUGUGGUGGUGAGAAAGCAGGGCCUGUGUGAGACACUGCAGUGUUGGAACAGCAAAUUGCAGGAUCUGUUCCAGUUGGAGAAAGGCAGAAAGCGCAUGUCUGUUCCACCCAGCCCUGGCAGACCACAUAGACAGACCAUCAGUGAUGACAGCAAGACAAGUGUUCUGGAGUCCUCCCCUCGCAAUCCCUCCCCCGUGGUACAGAACGGUGAGAAAGUGCCAGAGGACCGCCACCUCAACACACUGCCUUCAGGCUCUGGAUCCUCCUCCCUACUGCAGCUUCCGUCCCCAGCAGAGCAGGGUUCUGAGCCUCUAACCCCUGGACCUUCAUUCCCUGAUCAGGACUCGAUCAGCAUCCCUGAAGAUGUGUUUGAUGGACACCUAUUGGGCUCCAAUGACAGUCAAGUGAAGGAGAAGACCACCAUGAAAACCAUUCUGGCCAAUCUGUUACCAGGAAACAGUUACAACCCCAUUCCUCUACCUUUUGACCCAGACAAGCACUAUCUGAUGUAUGAGCAUGAACGAGUUCCUAUUGCGGUGUGUGAGCGGGAGCCCAGCUCCAUCAUUGCCUUUGCUCUCAGCUGUAAAGAAUACAAAAAUGCUCUUGAAGAGCUUUCAAAGACUACGCUUAAAGCUUCUGGGGAGGACAGUUCACAAACAAUCAGUUCUGGAGAGAGCAGGGUGAGAAACAGUCCAGCUAAAGCCGGCGAGGUCAGCACGUCUCAGCUGGGCCGCGGCAGUGUAGAUGCAGACCCUCUCAAGGAGCCUGAGACUGGUGACAAACAGAAAAAGCAGUCUGGCAACCCACACAUUGAACUGCAGUUCUCAGACGCCAGUGCUAAGUUCUACUGCCGCAUUUACUACGCAGAGGAAUUCCAUAAGAUGCGGGAGGAGGUGAUGGAGAGCACAGAGGAAGACUUUGUUCGUUCACUCUCUCACUGUGUGAACUGGCAGGCACGAGGCGGCAAGUCUGGAGCCGUCUUUUACGCCACUGAAGAUGACCGGUUUAUCCUGAAGCAGAUGCCCAGGUUAGAGGUGCAGUCUUUCCUGGACUUCGCCCCAAACUAUUUUACAUACAUCACUGGGGCUGUCCAGCAGAAGAGACCUACAGCACUGGCCAAGAUUCUGGGAGUCUACCGAAUCGGCUACAAGAACUCUCAGAACAACACAGAGAAGAAACUAGACCUGCUAGUAAUGGAGAAUCUCUUCUACGGACGAAAGAUGGCUCAGGUGUUUGACCUGAAGGGCUCUCUGAGGAACCGGAAUGUAAAGACGGAUCAGGGUAAGGAGAGCUGUGAGGUGGUGCUGCUGGAUGAGAACCUCCUGAAACUGGUGCAUGAUAACCCGCUCUACAUCCGCUCCCACUGCAAGGCCAUCCUGAGAGCUGCUAUUCACAGCGACGCUUAUUUCCUCUCCAGUCACCUCAUUAUCGACUACUCGCUGCUGGUGGGCCGAGAUGACUCCACUGAUCAGCUGGUUGUGGGGAUAAUUGAUUACAUUCGAACGUUUACAUGGGACAAAAAACUGGAGAUGGUGGUGAAGUCCACGGGGAUACUCGGCGGACAAGGUAAAAUGCCCACGGUGGUGUCUCCAGAGCUGUACCGCGCUCGCUUCUGUGAGGCCAUGGACAAAUACUUCCUCAUGGUUCCUGACCACUGGACAGCACUGGGGGUGAACUGCUGAGCUCUGCUCCUGAGGAGAGCUGGACCUACACUAGCUGCUACUGUUAAAGACCAUAAUCAUCCACACGGACUACAAAAAGCUUUUAACAGCACAUCCUGCUUCAGUCAACAGAAGAUAUAAAAGCACACUGGAUGCGUUCAGGCCUUCUGAGGAGCUCCUCCAGUGUACAUUCCACUCUUCCAGUAGAGAGAUUUUAAUCCACAGGCACACGCAAACACAGCAGGUGACCUCCACCUGCCACGCUGUGCACUUUUCACAUUACUUGAAGUGCCAAGACAAAAGGUCACUGGGUUUUAGUACGACCCAUAAGGAUUAUCGCACUGAAACAAAUCGCUAUAAAAUGCUAGAUCCCUAUGAUUAACUGUGUUUACGUAUUUAUAUAUGUAUAUUAAUAAUCUGGCAAUGUAAAAGUUUCUCAGAAAUGUACAGAGAUUAUGUAAUUAAAGAUUAUUAACACUU